AUGAGUAACUCAUUUCUUGGUCAGCAUUGCAUAUUAGAAUAUUUCAGCUCACAGUUCCAAGACCUUAAUCCAGAGAUCGAUGAUUCAGUUUUUGAAAACUUAAAAGAAAUUCUUCUUUCUUACAUUCGUGAUUCGAUCUCUUACGAAGACUGCCUGUCAAUCUUUAUGGAUAAACUUGGUACUACCACACCACUUGAAAUGCUCAAAGCUGUUCUCGAAACAGAUGUUAAUGCACGUGAAGAAAUAGAUUCUUCUAGUUCUGAUUCAUCUUCAGAUUCGAUCGGAUCUGUAUCGAAUAGUGGAAGGAAGAGGGCAAGACCAUGGAAUACAGAAGAAGAUAGAAGACUUCUCGCUGGAAUUCUUCAUAAUGGCACUGAUAAUUGGUCUUUAGUUGCAGAAAUUGUUGGAGAAACCCGAACAAGAGCACAGUGCUCCCAAAGGUGGUUUAGAGGUUUAGAUCCUAGAAUCUCUAAAAAGAGAUGGUCAGCCGAAGAAGAUAAGAAACUCCUUGAUUUUGUUGAAGAAUACGGCGAAACCGCUUGGGCCAAGAUUGCAAACUCAAUGGGUAAUAGAUCAGACGUUCAAUGCCGUUAUCAUUAUCAACAACUCAAGAAGAUGAUGAGAAAACCAUCAAAUCAUAUGAGAUCUCAGCAUAACUCAUCAAAAUACCGUUCCCGUGAAGAAAAGCCCAUCUCUGCAGUUAAGGUUUCCCCAUUGACAUCACACGAAAUUCCUGUACAGUCUCAUGUCCCGAUGGUAGAAGGUGUUAUUAAGCGCGCUCUACCUCCAAUGAAACCGUUCACCAUGCUUUUACCAUUAGAACCACCGAAUUAUUUGAACGAAAAAAUGUUGGCCACUGCAUAUAGUUUAGAUGCAUUCCUUCAUCAUUUUGGCUUGUAA